AUGGACUAUAAGUUACCUCCGGGAAAUUUGCAAGAUUUUGCGUUUGUCAAUGGUUUUCAAUCACAUUUUGGUUAUGAUAAUUUGGUUACGGUGGACCCGGUUGGGAAGAGUGGUGGUUUGGCCCUAUUUUACAAUAAUGAGCAGCAGGUCAAGGUUCUAUAUACGAGUAACCGUAUGAUAGAUGUGGAGGCAGAGGUUAAGGGGAAGCGAGUUUUCUUAACUUUUGUGUAUGGUGAUCCUGUCCAAAAGUUAAGAGAACAAGUCUGGGAAAGGCUUACUAGGUAUGGGAUUGCAAGAAGCGACCCUUGGUUUAUCAUUGGAGAUCUGAAUGAAAUUACUGGAAAUCAUGAAAAAGAGGGAGGUACUUUACGUAGUGCAGCCUCCUUUGUCCCUUUCAAUAACAUGAUACGGAAUUGUGGAUUAUUAGAGUUCCCGGCUCGGGGAAACAAAAUGUCAUGGCAAGGAAAAAGAGGUAAAGGGAAAGGGGCCACGACAAUCAGAUGUAGAUUGGAUCGUGCAUUAGCAAAUGAGGAUUGGCAUACAAUUUUCCCAGCUUCUUAUACUGAAUAUUUGGGCUUGAUAGGAUCAGAUCAUCGUCCAGUAGUGGCUUUUCUGCAGGACAAGGUACCAAAAAGAAAGGGACAAUUUCGUUUCGAUAAAAGGUGGAUAGGACAAGAGGGACUAAUGGAAUCUAUCACUAGGGGAUGGAAGGAAGAUGAGGGAGAUGAUACGGUGGAUAUUGUUACGAGAAUCAGUAACUGUCGACAUGAGAUGGCUAAAUGGCGGAAGAAUAAUCCGCCAUAUGGGAAGGAAAAAAUAGCAGAUCUUCAAAAGGCUCUUGAAGAGGUUCAAACGGAUGACAAUAGGACCCAAGAGGAAAUCUUGGAGAUAUCGAAAAAACUGCAAGACGCAUAUAAGGAUGAAGAAGAGUAUUGGCAACAGAAAAGCAGGAAUAUGUGGAAUACGGCUGGGGAUCGCAGUACUAAAUUCUAUCAUGCUUUAACUAAGCAACGUAGGGCUCGUAAUAGGAUUGUGGGUCUCUAUGAUGAAGGAGGAAACUGGAUUACGGAGGAGCAAGGGAUUGAGAAGGUAACUGUUGAUUAUUUUGAUGAUUUAUUUACUACUACCUCUCCCUCAGAAUUUGAUAAUUUUCUGGAAGAGAUUACGCCAACUAUUACGUAUCCGAUGAAUCAAAUGUUGAUAAAGAUGGCGACAGAGGAAGAGGUAAGACAGGCCUUGUUUAUGAUGCACCCUGAAAAGGCACCGGGUCCGGAUGGAAUGACUGCUCUGUUCUUUCAGCACUCUUGGCAUAUAAUUAAGAACGAUAUCGUUGAAAUGGUAAAUGAGUUUUUGGUCUCAGGAGAUAUGGAUUCAAGUGCAGUACCAGAUGAUAGUCUGUUUUUCUGCAAGGCGCAGAAGGAAGAAUGUCAAACUAUUCUUAGGAUUCUAAAGGAGUAUGAGGCGGUAUCAGGAGGAAUGGGCUCUUACCUGGGAUUACCGGAGAAUAUUGGUGGAUCCAAAAUACAAGUCUUUGGGUUUAUACAGGAAAGGUUACCAAAGGCGACUGCAAAGAAAUUAACGAGUGCGGUUGCGCAAUUUUGGUGGAGCCCAGGAGGGAGUACAAGAGGCAUGCAUUGGAAAUCUUGGGACAAACUAGUGUUAAGUAAGGAGGAUGGAGGCUUGGACUUCAAAGACCUUACGGAUUUUAAUACGGCAAUGCUUGGAAAGCAGCUAUGGCGACUGAUUGAGAAACCCAAGACUUUAUUCUCACGGGUCUUUAAAGGACGGUACUUUAGGAAUGCUUCACCCCUAGAACCGAUCCGAUCAUACUCUCCGUCGUAUGGCUGGAGGAGUAUUAUCUCUGCUAGAUCUCUGGCACUUCGGACUUUGGUAGAUCCUCAGGAUGUACAAAUUAUUGAAAGUAUACCGCUUAGCAGGAACCGAUUGGAGGAUAGGGAUGGAUGGCAUUUCACAAACAACGGAAAAUAUACGGUGAAGUCAGGAUACCAAGUAGAGAGAGUUUAUCCUGAUAAGGAGAAACCAUUAGCAGUAUUUGGACCUUCAGUUGAUGCUUUGAAAUCAUUUUGCUGGAAAGUAAGAUGCCCACCAAAGCUUAAACAUUUCCUAUGGCAAUUGGUAUCAGGGUGCAUAGCAGUGAGAAAGAAUUUGCAGGCAAGAGGGAUAAAAGGGGACAUAUGUUGUGAUAGGUGCGGCGCUCCCGAAGAAUCCAUAAAUCAUGUGUUUUUUGAGUGUCCACCAGCGCGUCAGGUAUGGGCUCUUUCGCAGAUCCCUUCCAGUCCAGCUAUUUUCCCUUAUCAAGGUCUUUUUACAAAUAUGGAUUAUUUAUUUUGGAGAAUUGAUCCGAAGAUGGAAACUUAUCAGUAUGCUUGGAUUCUAUGGUACAUCUGGAAAGGAAGGAAUAAUAAGGUUUUCAGUAACUUAGAUGUGGAUCCGAGAGAUACUUUGAAACUGGCAGAGACAGAAUCAACACUUUGGAUGGAGGCACAAAACGCAGAUACACAGAAUUUGGUGCGACAAGUUGAGGUAGUACCACAGACGGCAAUACCAGGACGUUGGUGUUUCAUAGAUGGUUCGUGGAAAGACAAAGACAGUUUCUCCGGCCAAGGUUGGUAUAGUACUUUAGAAGGUUUCGACAGUUUGAUGGGAGCACGGAAUGUCAGAGCAAGUCUUUCUCCCCUCCACUCGGAGGUAGAGGCUCUGAUAUGGGCAAUGGAAAACAUUAUUCAUGUACCAAGACAGCAGAAUAUGCAGGCGGAUCGACUAGCACGUAGUGCCAGGACACAACCGUCUUUUGUUGUUCACAUGGAUGCAGAGUUGCCGGCAUGGUUUUCAGCGACCGGAUGA